AUGUUCCGCGUCUGUGUCUGCGCCUUCUUUUCACUGCACCCGUUUUUUCAUGGCUCGUCCGCGGCACCGGAUCGCGAGAAUUCACCGUGGUUCAUCGGGUUCGUCAACGCCAGCAGCGGACUUUAUGCACCCGAAGGUGGCCGUGACCUUGACCCGGUAACCUGCUCUGCACGCUGCCUGGAUGAGGGGUACCAGUUUGCAGCGUUGACCCCAGAGGGUUGUUACUGUGGCAACCAGCAACAUGGUUUGGUGGUCAGUGAGUGUUUCAACACAUCUUCUAGUGGAAGAACAAAGGAUGUCAGAGGAGGAAGUAGAGGACAAAGAGUGCAGGCUGGAAAAACUUUUGCUGUGGAAGUCUCAGGAAACCUUGCUGGAUGCCCCGGCCAGCCCACAGGGAUUGAGGGUCUGGGAGGGCAGGACCUCGCUUACGUCACAGUUGAGGUUCAGGAAACGACCCACAAAGGUCAAAGUUCACAUCAUGUCAACGUGCUGGACGACGGCUCUUUUGUUGUGUCAUCUGACUGGAUUUUGGCAACUCCAGGAAGAUACGAACUCAAUGUCAGUGCCUCCAACCCUCUCUCCACACUCCACUCCACCCUCCACCUCUCCGUCUUGCAGCCCUCACCACACAGCCUGGUGAUCUCUGUUCUCCAUGGCCCCCUGGGCGCCCCCUCCUGCGUCCCAUCCCUGCCGACAGACUCCAGCAGCAUGCGGGUCGAGGCAGCGUAUCUGGGCGACCCGGUCACGCUGCAGGCAGACAUGGCUGAUGGUCUGCCUGUGGAGUUUUCUUGGUGGUUUACUCUCAAGGAAAAGGGGGAAAACAUGGAGGGUGUAAAGACAACUUGCCCUCCCAACCCCGACUGUCUGAACGGCUCUGUGAACUGGAUCUUUGAAACAGAGGGAGUUCACGUGGUGUCAGUGAACGCCUCGGGUGCCUUUGGAUGGACCCAGGAGAUGAUUCACGUUGUGGUCGUGCGUCCUGCCGUCUCCGACCUCACAGUGAGUGUUUCAGGGAGUCAGCUGACUUCAGGGGAGGGUGUUUCUGUGGAUGUGGAGAUGUUCAACACCAUGAAGCAGCUACUUGUCCUCAACCUCACAGCAGUUUCAACACACACAGAAUUCAGCCUGGAGGUCCUUAGCCCUGCCAGCCGAAUGGGCGUCACAGCAGGAUCGAACCUGACUGUGUCCCUGCUGGUGAACGCAACACUGCUGUACAGAAACAGCAACUACACGACGGGAGAGGAGGCGACAGUGGUUUUGCUUUUCGACCACACGGGGACAGUUGUGGUUGAGCUCCGAGCUGAGAAUGGAGUGUCUUCUCAGAACAAGAGCGUGAGGGCGUGUGUUGAGGGGAACAGGAAGCCGUUGCCACAAGUCAGAGUUAAUCCAACGUGGCAACCACCUACCAGCAAAAGUCCUGUUCACAGCCCGGCUGACAAUGUGCGGAUUCAUGCAGCAAAGCAAGCUUAUCCCACAAAUACAGAUAUAACUUUGCUGGCUGUGGCUGAAGCGCCAGACCCUGUGGAGUUCCUGUGGCACUUUGGAGACUCGAGAUCAGCCAGAACCACCUCGAGGACCGUCACCAAAAGAUACCACAAAGCUGGCAGGUAUGAUGUAGUUGUGGUCAUGUCAAGAGGCCGGGCCUCCCUUACCUCUGACGUGUUCCCGCUGGUCGUCCAGAGAGCGGUGAAGCUCAACCGGCUGCUCCACCCGGCGUCUGUGCUGCAGAACCAAACGGUGACGGUGAGCUGUCGGGUCAAUGUGGGGACAGACGUCAGCUUCCUGUGGAGCUUCGGGGACGGCUCAUACAGGCUGGGACAGAGCACAGAACGGCACGUCUUCCACAGGACAGGAAAGUUCACAGUGUCAGUGACUGUGUCUAACCUGGUCAGCUCGGCCUCUCUGAGCAGUCACGUCUUCGUUGUGGACCGGCCUUGUCAGCCUCCACCAGUCAAAAACAUGGGGCCUCUCAGACUACAGGUGCGGAGAUAUGAGGUUAUCCGUCUGGGCGUGACCUAUGAGACUGAAGUCGACUGUGACCUUUCAGGAGGCCUUCGCUACACCUGGACCUUGUUUGAUUCUGCAGGAGAGGUCUUCCCAUUGCCUCUCAUAGACACACACAGACAGAGCCUCGUACUGCCCAGCCACCUCCUGCAUUAUGACACAUACACUGCUAUAGCCAGGGUUCAGGUCGUGGGCAGUGUGGUGUACAGUAACUACAGUGUGAGAGUGCAGGUGAUGCCGAGCCCUCCCGUGGUCUUCAUCCAGGGCGGCACCAACAUCUUCAUUCACAGCAGGAACGGCACCGUGGUAACGCUGGAUGGGCAGCGAUCUUACGACCCUGACUCCCCCAUGAGCCCUGUCAGCUUCAGCUGGACAUGUAAACCUGUCAGCUCCAUCACCAGCUCCUGCUUUCACCAUGACGUUCCCACGUCGUCCCCUGUGCUUGUAUUUCCUGCUAGUUUCCUAAGACACAACUUUGACCAGUUCCAGUUCACACUCACCAUCACCAGCGGUGAACGUUCAGCUUCAUCAGAGGUCUUCCUCACAUUAACAUCAAACGUGAUGGGGAAUGUGUCAGUAUACUGCCCUCAGUGCCAGGGAGACCAGGUGAACUGGGAUCAGUCUUUCUCUGUCAGCGCCUGGUGUGAGGGCUGUGAUGUUGCUCCAGAAUACAUUCAGUACACCUGGAGCCUGUACCUGGUCAAUGCAUCCUCCAAGCCUGUCAUAGAAGUGGAUCUCAGCACUCCGUCCACCAUCAUGGAGAGCCCUGCCACCUCUCCUCAUACUCCUGGGAUCUCCACCCUGCAUCCACCUGCUACAGAUGCUUCACAGUACACCUCUGCUCCUGCCUCUCUGAUUGAGAACGCCUUUGAAACUACAGCCAGAAAGCUAAAUCUGAACGCAGGCGACCACGAAACAUUAUCAGGGAAUAACAGAAAGAAGUCAGCGAUGGCUGGUUUGACAGAGCCCCAGCCCGUCUCCUCUCGAGUCCACAGAAGGACUGCAGGAUCAGGAGAGGAGCCCUUUUAUCGCUCUCUGGGGGAGUUUGACCCUCCUCAGCCUUUGUACUCCUCCACUGAAUACCAGCCACUUACCCUUGACAACAGUGGCGUCCUAUAUUCAGACCACUUUGGCCAGAGUGACGUUAUUAGUGGAUUCCCGUUUGAUUCGGACUCCUCUGCUGACUGGGAGUUUUCUUUUCCAGUCUCUGAGAGCGGAGACUCUGGAGCUCGACAAGAUUAUGAUGUUCCCUUGAUGAGUGCAGAGGAAGGAGAGCCGGGGAUUUCAGCAGGAAGACCCACAGAUGGACACAGUCCAGAGGAUGAUUCAGCGUUUGAUCCAGCAUUACAUGAAGAGGAGGGGAGCAAUCUGGUGGAUUCCAGGCCGUCUGUUCUGAUCCGGGAGCCAGUCUUGCUUGAUUUAUCUCGAGAGCCAGUAGACAGAGGCCUUUUUGAGUCCUACACUUUCACAGGAAUUUCCUCCCCUUCGCUCAGCUUCAGGCCCUUCAGUCUGAGGCCUGGGACCAGAUACAUGUUGGAGGUUGCUGCCAAAUCUCGCGGUAGUUUUCUGGGCCGGACUCAGCUAUUCUUAAAAACCAACCCUGCUCCAAAAGGCAUGACGUGCCAGGUGCAACCGAUGACAGGAGUGGAGUUGUACACACACUUCAGCAUCUUCUGCACCUCGGGGAAACAGGACUUAGUGUAUGAGUACAGCAUCCGUGUAGGAGACAGACCACCCAGGAUGCUGUAUCAAGGGAGAGACUUUCAGUACUACUUCAGCCUUCCUUCUGGUGACCCCAAAGAUGACUAUAAAGUUGCUAUUUACACAGAGAUCAGAAGCAGCAUGUAUGGGACGGCCACAAAACCCUGCCCUGUCACCGUCCGAGUCCAACCAGGCUUCCUCAGAGACGCCUCUUCUUCUUCUCAUCUUGAUCCUGAUGUGGAGCUUUCAGAGUCGGGACUGAGGAACCUGUCGGCUCUGGUGCAGCUCGGGAACAGUGUGGAGGUCCGUAACUACAUCAGCCUCCUCACAGGCAUCCUGAACAGACUCAGCCUGGACGCUGAGGCCAACGCACACGCACAGAGGCGCACACGCAAUGUGCUCAUUUAUACAGCAUGUGAGCUCGAGAGCAGAGAACAGGCAUCCAUGGUGGACAACAUCUGGAUUCUAAAAAACCUUUUGGAAGUUACAAGUCAGGUGACAUUAGCGAGCGCAAGGCGGGUGACACUUCACAUUCAGGUCAUCUUAGAGCGGUUUUCACAGUCCGGUACUCCAGGCUGGUACUAUCUGGACCAGAAGACGCUCGACACCCUGGUCGCCCUGCUCUCAUACAGCCUGCAGACUGCUGUCACUGGUCAUGACCUCACACCAGAAACGUCCAACAGUGCUGACACUAAAUGGGCAUUAGAAUCAGACUCACAUGAGGAAAACAACAGAAAUGCUGCAGCUCCUUCUAAUGGCCGCAUACCAGAGUCAUCCAGCGGAGGAUCGAUUUCAACACAGCAGACGGUGCAGCUUGUGGCUGAUAUUCUGCAGACUGCUUCAGACCUGAUGCUGAAAUACAUCUUGUUCCACAAGGCCCAGGAGUGCAGAGUCAGCACCAGUCUGAUCACCUUGUACGCUGCAUACCAAGACCAAACCUCCACGGUCAUCAGCAGCGGCUCCACCUCCUUCUACAUGCCUGCCUCCCUGAUUCAGCUUCUGUUUGAUCGUUUGAGCGGUAGAAAGACUGAGAGUGGACCAUGUGUGCUCAGCAUGCUGACUGAGCUCGCCCACAGCCCUUACGCCUGGGCCCGCUAUCCUGGAGGGGUGAGGCUGGCUGGACCAGUGGUCGACCUGAGUUUGUACGAGUGCAGCACGAGGAGGAAGAUCCCCAUUCGCUCCCUCAUUCAGCCAAUAAACAUCGAGCUGCGACGACCACCAGGAAACAGCUCUGUGCGUGAGUACGUCCUCCGGCACUGCCAGGUCAACUACCACAGCUUCAACAUUACCCAGGAGCACUUGCAGCAGGCCAUCCAGCUGAGUGUGGUGUUCAGGCCGCCACUCAACAAGGCGUUUCCCAUCAUGCUGCUCUUUAGGAUGUUUGAGAGGCCGACUCCCAGCAUGCACCUCCUGCACAGGAUUCACCACUGGGGCAGCAACACCUCACGAUUCACUCUGCCUUCAUCCUACCUCAGUGCUGCAGGGGUUGCUCACCUGGCCCUGCUGAAUGCUGAUUUUGGCAAAGCAUCAGGACUCAAGUACCUGAGUGAACAGGUCAGCUACAGUCUCGCGGUGGACAGCAGCUUGUGUUUGUCCUGGGACGGCCACCAGGGGGCGUGGACACACCAGGGCUGCACGACAUGGCAAGCAGACACAGCUGCUGCAGUCACCUGCAGGUGUCACCAGUUGAGGCCUCUGACUGUGGUGCAGCAGCAGAUCCAGAGCAGCCAUGACGCAGCCGAUCUGGACUCGUUCCUAAGUGUGUCCAGUGAUCUGACAGUGCUGGGUGUGCUGUUGCUGUGUGUGUGCCUGUACAUCCCCGGGUUGGUGGUGUGCAAGAGAGCGGAUGUCGUCUCAGAGGCGAAUUGCAGAGUCCACUACCUUUCUGACAACUCCCCCUGUGAUCCAUAUCUCUAUGCUGUUACAAUCGACACUGGUCUCUGGUCUGCAGCCUCUAUGAGUGCAAAGGUUUACGUAGUGCUGAAUGGUGAAGAUGGGGUCUCCCAGACAAAAGAGCUACAAGUACCAGGAUGCACCCUGUUCAGGAGGAACUCUCAAGACACCUUUAUAUUCAGUGCAGCAGACAGCCUAGGCCCAGUGUGGGGGGUUCACAUCUGGCAUGACAACUCCGGACCCUCCCCGAGCUGGUACCUCAAACAUGUGGAGGUGUCUGAGGUGAGCAGAGGGCAUGCAAAUGGGCGUGCUUGGCUCUUUGUGGGUCAGUGCUGGCUGGCUGUGAGCAAAGGUGACGGCCGGGUGGAGAGAACACUGCGAGUCUGUGCUCGGGGAAUAGGCUUCACUAAGAUGUUACCUCUCAAGAUGUGUGACUAUUUGGCCGACCACCACAUCUGGAUGUCGGUGCACAGCCGCCCCUGUCCAAGCUCGUUCACACACACUCAAAGACUUAGCGUCAGCCUGUUGCUGCUGUUGGGGUACGCUUGUGUCAACACAGUGAUCAUAUCACAGAUGGAUGAUCAGUUGCCCUUCGAGUUAGGGAUUGUAGAUGUAUCUGCUGUUUCUGUGAAGAUAGGAGUUUUAAGUGUGGCGGCAGUGUUGCCUGCAGCAGCAAUAAUAUCCUUCCUGUUCCGACUGCGUGAGGUUGGGCUGACAGGCUCAGGAGUCCAACAUGCAAAGGGCAGGGGGACGGAGAAGGACUUUGAAGAUGCUCUUUCAGUGACUGAGAGCACAUCAGAGCCACAUCUGUCUUGGAGCAGGUUCCAGCAGUGGGCUCAGGAAGCCUGGGGGAAGAAGCUCCAGAGCACAGACCUGCUGCCAGCGGCUGCUACGAUUGUGGAAAAUAAAAGCACAGAUAAAGAGCCUGCAAUCCAAACAGAUGUGGUAAUAAGAAAGGAGGCAGUGGAGAACCAUAUGGGACCAGCGCUUCAGAAUUUGUUGCUGAUUGCUGAGUUGAACAAUGCUGAUCGAGUGCCUCAGGGAAAAGGGUCUGACCUUUUAAGUGAAAGCAGCAGGUUUCAGGGAGCCCAGAAAGCCCUUUUGUCUGGUACGAUGGAUGUGGGUCAAGCCUUUCAGAAGGAGGAAGAUCCUCAAGGAAAAAGAGAGGAAGGCGGCCAUCAACAGGCAACAUGGGCUGGAAGGCUGAAAGGGAGAGGGCUCAGAUCAGUAUCUCGGUGGUGUCACUAUUUAGCCUGGACCCUGUGUCUGCUGUUGUCCCUCUGCUGCCUGGUGCUCUCUGCGGUGCUGGGAACAAGGUUCAGCAGCAGCCAGGUUCUGCUGUGGAUUCACUCCUUUUCCUUCUCCCUGCUGUCCUGCGUCUUCCUCAUCCAGCCAGCUGUGAUAAUUACAGUGGCAGUGUCUGUCUCCUUCUGGUACAAGAAUACAGCAAACUUUCAUAAUUUCUCCAGUAUAAGAGAGUUUGAGACAGAGACUUCACAGCUAUGGAGCCACAGUGGUGCUAAUCAGCCAGAGAGGAUAUCUGAAUUUCCCCAGGAGAGACGCCUAUCCCUCGAAAAGCUGCUUGGAGCUCGUCAGCGAGCCCGCUACCUCCGUCUUGUGCGCCCGCCGACUCCUGCAGAGCUGAGGAAAAGUCGUGGGAAGAAAAGAAGAGAGGCUCUUCUCCGUGACACCCUCAGGGAUUUGUCUGUCUGUGGCUCCAUGCUUCUCCUGAUGCUGUGUAUAAAUUAUGGCAGCUCAUUCUCUGACCACUACCGCCUAAACACAGCUGUCAGAAAACAGUUUGUAAGGUAACAUUUCAGAGAUAAUGCAUUUAUGUCCAUACAAAAGCAUGAGGACUGGUGGAAGUGGGCACAGACCAGUCUCCUUAGUUUGCUGUACAAGAAUGCCUCAGCUGCAACUGAGUCACACAUCUUGAUUGGAGAGCCAGUCCUGUGGAAGACAGAGGUGUUUCAGGACCAGCUCACUAGUGUAACUGUCGUACCAGAAUGUCUUCGCGUCUUCUUUUAUGGGAGCAGAACAUCCACUCACCCACAGUCCAGUGUCUUAGUUCCUAUGGCAACAUCUCAAAGGACAUGUGGUCACCUGGGUUGCUACUCAGGACCAAGUGCUACAGCUGGCUUUGGCAACACAAAGUCUGAUGCUGUGUCCAAACUGAGGCUCCUGCAUUCAGUUGGCUGGCUGGGCGGGCGGACAGUGGCCGUGAAGGUCCAGUUCACCUUGUUCAGCCCUGCACCCAACUUGUUCACUUGCGUGACCAUGCUCGCUGAGCGAAGCCCCACCGGCAUCCUCCUGCCCUCUGCCAAAGUCCAGUCAGUUAGGGUGUAUCGCUCUGCUGCUGUGUGGGACUAUGUUGUUAUGGUGUGCCAGCUCCUCUUCCUCCUCUUGUCUCUGCUGCAACUCUGUGAUCAAGCGCACACUGUCGGGCAGCAAGGGGUGAUGGGAUACUGGAGGACACCCUGCAACUGGCUGGAAGUCACUUCACUGACAGCAAUCCUCGUGUACUACAUUUAUUACAUCUAUCACUCCGUUAUUAUCUUGGAGGUUGUGGAGCUGCUGCAGAGGUCACAGAUCUCAGAUCACAGAGGACACGUUGAUGUCAACCUCCUGGCUACCUGGGAACAAUAUAUUCGCACUCUGCGUGGCAUUACGAUGUUCCUCCUGACCUUGAAGUGUGCAACUGUGUUGAGGGUGAACAGGAUGCUGGCCACCUCUGCUACACUCCUCACCCGCUCACUCUCCAGCCUUUUCUGGCCAACGAUUUCAGGUCUCAUCCUGAUGGUGGCGCUGUCCUGCAUGGGGAAUCUCCUGUUAGUAGAAAGCUCCUGGGGCUUCAGCUCACUUUCCCACUCCCUUCAGUCUCUGCUCCAUCACUGUGGGGGUCUCAGGGCUGUUAGAGGCCUCCACUUCUCCUGGAGUAAUUUCCUUUACCUUGGAGUUCUCUAUCUUUCCUCCAAAGCGGUGUGGACAGCAGUGGUGAUAGGUGUGCUGUCCUCGUUGGUCAGAAGUGUCAAAAGAUCUCAAAGCAGGAGCAAUUUCUUCACUGUAGCAGAGUUCAUCCGCUACAUCAGACAGAGGGCUCCUGGCUUCACCAGGCAGCGUACACAAGCAUGGACUGAAAAUCAUGUGGAAGGGAAGACUUAUUACUUUGAGGAGUUUGAAAGUUUAGUGGAUGAACUACUGUUCAGACUAAACGCCCUCUCAAACAGUCUGCACCACACUCUUCCCCCCAAAGCCCACCGCUACAGGGAGGAGGACAGUCCUGCCAUCUCACCCAUACAGAAGCCUUCCAAUGUGGCCUCACAGGACUUUUUAAGAACACAAAUGACAGAAGAGACUACAGUGAAUAAUCACACAGAUGUCAGUAGCCAUGGAGGAACCCUACCUGCAUCUCAUCAGGUACAAAACUACGUGUCCCACCCAGAGUCAGCAUCACUCAUCAGGGUUUGGACUGAAGAUCUUCUGGAAAAGCAAGCUGACCAGCGGACUGAAACGAGUAACAGUUGCAGGUUAAGUAAAAGUCAGGCUGCCCAUACAGAGGUGGUGGUGGAAGUUCUGGUCCAUGAAGAUCCUGGGAGUGCAGGGUCAACUAAACAGUAGGGUCUUUGUGGAGACGACAGCUCUGGCUUGAACACUGCAAGCAAAUAAAAAAAAAAAACAAGACUUCUGAAAGAUGUGUAUUUUGCAUUAUGGAAGGGUACUAUAUUGUACUGUAUGUCCCCAGCAUCUUAUCUCACCUGCUUAACCAGUAAAUAUUAUCACCUGGAUCACAUAAGCAUCUCAAAUAGUCCCCCAAGAAUUUUUGGUACUUUAUAAAAAGGCCCAAAAACUUUAUAAGUAGUCCUUUAUGACUUUAUAAUUGAUAAAAGAACAAUUUAUUUAUUAACACAACUAAGCUUUUAUAAUGAAUAAAUAGAAAUGCAUGGUAGCCAGGUUGCAACUUGAAAAUCCAAAAGGUAUUUUCAGUGUAUUUUGAUUUAUUCAUCAAAGUUGCAUGUAUCCGUUUUGUAAAGCAUCAUUUGUUUACAAACCUUAAAAGUCAUUGGUGUCAGUUAAUUUAUCGCUUGUAAGAAUAAUGAAGUAUUGUCACAUACGGACUUUUUUAUGAUGCAAAUUUGCAAUGUAGUGUAACAUACACACUGAGCCUUAGGCUACAAAGACUGUUCAUUCAUUGUGCAUCAU